GAUCACUUUGUUCAAACCCCUCAUCUAACUCAAGAAUAGACUGAGGCCAGGAGAGGGAAAGUUUGCCCAAGGGCACAUAGUUAAGUCACUGAUGGAAUUAGGCAGAUGAAGCUAUUUGGACUUAUUUCAAUUCAAUUAAGAAGCACUGCAGGUCUUUGGUCAGAGGUACUGGGUGAUGAAAACAGUCACUGGAAAGAAUAAUGGUUCAGUGGUGGCCAGAAUGGGCUGAGGGCCAGGGAACCACAGGAACUACAAAGGGGACAGAUACCAUAGCAAAGUGUUUUGCUACUAGGUCAAAGUGGGUGACUUCACAUUGGGUGGGAUAGUCAAGGGCCCAAGUUUAGAGUUCUAAAAUGUUAGCACAGAAAGGGAACUUAGAGACUUUUAUAAGCUGGGAAAACUGAGGUCCAAGGGGGUAAAAUGACAAGCUAGCCCUAAAAGAGAGUGGGGUACCAAGGGAUUCCUGACAAAACAUGUUGGAAUAGGUUUCCCUAUAAUUUUCAUGUUCCUCUCUCUGGGGGUCCAUAGAUUGAGCCCCCUCCUCCUCCCCUGGGAUCCAUGGUAGAUUUCAGAGGGUCUGUGAAUUUGGAUGGGAAAAAAAAAGCCACAUCAUUAUUUUCACGAACCUCCAAUAGAAAUUUAGCAUUUCAUGCCAUUCUAAAUUUUUUAAAAAUGAUGUUGAAAAGGGGUUUAUACCCUUUCCCAGACCACAUUAAAGUUUAAGAACUGGUCUGCGGCAUUAAGUUUCUCUCAUCAUCUUUUCCUAGUCUCUCUCUUCUUUUUUUUCAUCUCUGUUUCUCUUUUCUGCCUCUGACGGACUUUUCCUACCUUCUUCUCCCUCUUUCCGUCUCUGUCUGUGCCCUCCUGCUUUUUCUAAUUCUUUCUCUUUGUCUCUACUUCUCUGGGUGCUCUUGUUUGUUUCUGUCUCUCUUCCCUCUCUGGGUCUCUGGGAGAAUGGGUUCCUCUCUAUUUUUGUGCCUGUACUCUCUGUCUGUUUCCUAUGUCCCUCCUUUUUGGCCUCUCUCUGUCUCUCCCCUCUUAUGCUCCCCCUCUACUUUUCUGUAAUAUGUGCAGGGCCUCUUCCAUUGCAAUGUUUUGAUAGAUGAGGUAGAGUCUGGGGAGUUUGUCAUGACUCUGUGUGUCUAUGUGGCUGUUUUCAUAGCCAGCAGAUUCUGUUCUACUAGUGCCUGGGGAACAGGCCUCUUUCCAGUUACAUACUUGGGGCUCUGAGCUUCAGCUCUCAACACAUUCAGCCCUUGAAACUCCAAGGCCCAAGGUCGGUUAAAGGUGGGGAGAACCAGGCUUGGCCAGCCCUGCAAAAAUGAGGAAAUCAGCCAAUUUUGUCUUCAAGGCCUCCAGCUUCCUCUGCCUGGGGAAAAUCAUAGAUCCGAGGAAUGUCAAAACUGCAAGAGAUUUUAGAACACAGAACAGAAAAUAUCAGAGCCUGGAGACCUCAGUCUAUGGAAGUUUAGAGCUGAAAGGAACCUCAGAGGUCAUCAAGUGCCAUGCUUCUCAAAGUGUGGUCCAAGGGCCUGGUGGUCCUGAGUCCUGAGUCAAGGGAAUCUCAGAAUCUGAUGCAGAUGGAGGAGAGAAGUAUCUCAAAGACCUUCCAGAGCCAGCUCCAACUGACUGCUUUGCUCAUAGCAUCUGCUGUUGCUAGGGCCAACCAGAGCAGAUCUCACUCUUCUUCCACAACAGCCCAUCACAUGUUUGAAGACAGCUUCCAUCUUCCUCCAAGUCUUUUCUUCUCCAGGCAAACCAUCUCUGGUUCCUUCAACUGAUUCUCACAAGGCAGGAGCUCCAGGACCUUCGCUCUCCCCCCAGGACCCUGGCUGACUGCGACACCUGAAGUCUCUCUCUUGGAUCACCUGAAGAGAAAGACUCCCGACCUUCUUGGCCUGACCCACCAGGGCCCGUGGCCGUGGCUUCUCAGACCCUUUGGGGGUUUUCCCUUCAGCUUUCUGAGGGCCCCUUGGCUGGUGUUGCUCAGCAUCAUGCUGUGCUAUCUCCUCCUGGGUGCUACUCUGAGCCCCAACAAGACACAGGAUGAGGACGCUUUCAUUGUGGGAGUGCUGGGCCCAUGGAAGUGUGACCCCCUCUUCACCAAAGCCCUCCCUCAUAUGGCCGCCCAGCUAGCCAUCCUGCGGGCCAAGAAAGACUCCUUGCUGAAGCUGGGUAGCCAGCUGGACUACAUGAUUCUUGAGGAGGGCUGUAAUACCCCUCAGGCCCUGGCUGCUUUCCUCUCCUAUAGAGGUGCUGUGGCCACCUUCGUGGGGCCCUCCAAUCCUGGCUACUGCCCAGCAGCAGCACUUCUGGGCCAGAACUGGGGCAAGGCCCUUUUCUCCUGGGCAUGUGGAGCCCCAGAGUCAGGGGGCACAUUGGUCCCCAUCUUGCCCUCUACCAUCCAUGUCCUAUUGGCUGUCCUGCGGCACUUUGGCUGGGCUCAUGUGGCCGUCAUCUCCUCCCACCAGGAUGUCUGGGUAGACACAGCCCAACAGGUUACCUCUGCCCUCAGGACGCAUGGCCUGCCUGUGGGGCCUGUAACCUUUCUGGGGCCUGGGGGCCAGGGAGCUCUAGGAGCCCUGAAGCAGCUUCAAGACACAAAUCGAUUGAAGGUAAUAGUGAUGUGCAUGCACUCAGUUCUUGUUGGAGGCUCUGAGCAGGCAGUCCUGCUUGCCCAGGCUCACGCACUUGGCCUGACUGAUGGCAGGUACAUCUUCAUCCCCUACGAUGUACUACUUUAUGGGAUGCCCUAUCGCAACCGGUCCUACCCAGUGCUGAGGGAUGGUGGUGUCCUUCAGGAAGCAUAUGAUGCUGUGCUGACCAUUACUCUGGAGUCUGGCACAACUGACUUUGAUGGAGCCUUCUCAGCUGCAAGGAAGAGUGGAGAAAUCACCACUGACAAAGAGCCUGAGCAAGUGUCUCCACUCUUUGGGACUGUCUAUGAUGCCAUCUUUCUUCUGGCCAAUGCUCUGAAUCGAUCUCGAAAACAAGGGAGUCAACUCUCAGGAAAUCAUCUUCAGAAUCACAUUAUGUCUCUAGAUCUAGCUGGAUUUAGCCAGAGGAUUCAGACAGAUGAGAGGGGAAAUAGAUUGGUCAGCUAUGUGAUCUUGGACACAGAUGGACAGAAGAGCCAACUUAUUCCAACCCAUUUGCUGGAUACAUCCACUCAAUUAGUGCAAUCAUUGGGCAGGCCUAUUCACUUUCCACGAGGAGAACCUCCUCCCACAGAUUCCAGUUGUUGGUUUGAUCCAGAUACUCUAUGCACAGGAGAUGAGUGGUCCUUGGUUCCCCUCCUGGCUGUGGUAUCAGUAUCUACUGUAGUGCUUGGAGCUCUGGGUCUCAUUUACCUCAUCAGAACUCUUCAGUUCCAGCCUGGAGGAGGCCCCAACAAGAUUAUGCUGACCUUGGAAGACCUCACUUUUACCCACCCUCGACUGAGCCGGCGGAAACUCACCCUGGACACCCUCAGCAAUUCCCGGAGCCCCUCAGAUGGCAAGAGCCUCAGUUCGGAGGUCCAAUCUCCAGGGAGGAUCCACCCAGCCACACCAGAGUCUUCCAACAUGGCCUUGUACCAGGGAGACUGGGUUUGGCUGAAGAAGUUCAAGGUUGGAACAUCCCUUGAGCUCCGUCAAAGCUCUGCAAAGCUACUUAAAAAGAUGAGAGAUCUGAAACAUGAGAAUGUGAAUCUCUGCCUGGGCUUCUUUACUGAUCGAGGUGUUUCUGCCAUUGUGUUUGAGCACUGUUGCCGGGGCAGUUUGGAGGAUCUGCUGAAGAACGAGGACCUGCGGCUUGAUUGGACUUUCAAAUCCUCCCUACUGAUGGAUUUGAUUAAAGGUAUCCGGUAUCUCCACCAUCGGGGGUUUCCCCAUGGCUCCCUCAAGUCUCGAAACUGCGUUGUGGAUGGACGCUUCGUGCUGAAGGUCACAGACCAUGGUUAUCUGGCACUCUUGGAGAGGCAGCGAGUUCCUCGUUCCCAGCCCCUGUCAGAAGAGUUGCUGUGGACUGCACCAGAAUUGCUCAGAGGGCCAGAAGGGUCUUGGAGAGGCACCUUUAAGGGUGAUGUCUACAGUUUUGCCAUCAUUUUGCAAGAAGUGCUGGCUCGGGGGCCACCCUACUGCACAUCAGGACUCACUGCAGAAGAAAUCAUCAGGAAGGUGGUGUCUCCUCCUCCCCUCUACCGCCCGAAGUUAUCUCCUAACCAGGGGCCCCCUGAAUGCAUCAGGCUGAUGAAACAGUGCUGGAGCGAGGAUCCAGAAGACAGACCUAGCCUGGACGACAUCUUCAGCCAAUUUAAAAGUAUCAACCAAGGCAAGAAGAGCAGCGUGGUAGACUCAAUGCUGCGGCUGCUAGAGAAAUAUUCUCAUGAUCUGGAGGAUCUAGUCCAGGCAAGGACGGAGGAACUGGAGCAGGAAAAACAGAAGACAGAGAAGCUGCUCUCCCAGAUGCUUCCCCAAUCUGUGGCAGAGGCACUGAAGGCUGGAACCACUGUGGUCCCAGAGUACUUUGACCAGGUAACUAUCUACUUUAGUGAUAUAGUUGGCUUCACGACCAUAUCAGCUCUGAGUGAACCCAUCGAGGUGGUGGACCUGCUCAAUGACCUCUACACACUGUUCGAUGCUGUGCUGAACAGUCACGAUGUGUAUAAGGUGGAGACCAUUGGCGAUGCUUACAUGGUGGCCUCUGGGCUGCCGAGGCGGAAUGGCAACCGGCACGCGGCUGAGAUCGCCAAUCUGGCAUUGGACAUCCUCAGUUCUGUGGGAGACUUCCGCAUGAGGCAUGUGCCUGAGGUGCCCAUCCGCAUCCGGGCCGGCCUGCAUUCAGGGCCCUGUGUGGCAGGUGUGGUGGGUCUCACCAUGCCACGCUACUGCCUCUUCGGGGAUACAGUAAACACUGCUUCCCGGAUGGAGUCCACAGGACUGCCCUACAGGAUCCAUGUUAACCGAAGUACUGUCCAGAUCUUGGUCAGCCUGAAUGAAGGCUACAAAAUUGAUGUCAGAGGCCAAACUGAACUGAAGGGCAAAGGAAUAGAAGAAACCUAUUGGCUGGUGGGGAAAUCAGGCUUCCCCAAAGAACUCCCAAAGCCCAUGGACAUCAAACCAGGAGACGCCUGGCAGGCCAUGGUGAAUCAAGAGAUCAAGUCGUCCUUUGGGAAAGCCAACCGAGGCCAUGGCGGACCCAGGAGCGCCGAAAAGGCAGAACCGGUUUCCUAGAGGAGAAGAUACAGACUGAGAACAUGGCAUAUGGCAUAACCUUGGGGAGCAGCUUUGAUGAACCUGACCUCACCUCCUCCCCAGAUCCCCAGCCCAGAUUCAUUAUCCCACUUACUCCUCCCUGGCUAGGAAGCCAACAGCUCGUUAGCCAGUGCACUGCCUGGAAGCUAAUUGUUGAGAUGUCUUUUUUUUUUUAACUUGCUGAGUCCUCCAAGGGGCUAUCAUCACAAUAUGAACAAUUCCCAGGUCUCUAGGGCUUGCUUUAAAAAGCCUUCUCCCGUAGCAACCCUGAGAAGUAGGGAGUGCAAAAAUUAGUAUUCCUGCUUGGCACAUUAGCAGCCAGAGGCUCAGAGAGAACCCAAGUCCUCAGCACUGACCCCAGAAUUAGCCCUGGGGCUCUGACUCCUACAGAACUCACCAGUAAGCCAAUGCACUGCAGUCCCUACUCUUCUUAACUGCAUCUGUCAGCUUCCUUUUCAGGGACUUCUGGGUAGUGGGGCUAGAGCCAUAGUGCAGUUCAUUUUCUCUCUUGAAGCCUCCUGCCUACACUCACUGGGAUGAACCCAAACAGUUCUUGUUCUCCUUCUUGUUCUUCUCCUUCCCCUCCUUUUCCUUCUUUUCCCUUCCUUCCUUUCUUUUUUCUUUCUUUCUUUUUCUUCCUUCCUUUCUUCCUUUCUUCUUUCUUCCUUUCUUCUUUCUUUCUUCCUUCCUUUCUUUCUCUCUUUCUUUCUUUCUUUCUUUCUUUCUUUCUUUCUUUCUUUCUUUCUUUCUUUCUUUCUUUCUUUCUUUCUUUCUUUCUUUCUCCUUCUUCUCCUUCUCCUUCUCCUUCUCCUUCUCCUUCUCCUUCUCCUUCUCCUCCUCCUCCUCCUCCUCCUCUUCCUUCUCCUUCUCCUUCUCCUUCUCCUUCUCCUUCUCCUUCUCCUUCUCCUUCU